UUGUUGCUGGUAAUUGAUUCCAUAUUAGCCUAGCCUAGCACUGGGAGCACUCGGAGAGAUAUUAGUGCUGCGCUUUCUCCAGCGUGGGCGCAGACACACUGACUGAACCCGACGGGACGAGCCUGAAGUGAACCGAGCGACUGCACUCACUACACCGCGGGAAAAGGACAGGAGCCUGACACAGUAAAAAUGACAGCCAAAAAGCCGCAGAGCAUGCUCCGGGAAGCCUCCCAUCAGAUCAUUGCCGGUGGAUCCGCUGGUCUGGUGGAGAUCUGUUUGAUGCAUCCCCUCGAUGUGGUGAAGACGAGAUUCCAGAUCCAGAGGGGAAACAGUGACCCCACCAGCUACAAGAGCCUGGGUGAUUGCUUCCGGACCAUCAUCCGCAAUGAGGGCAUCUUUGGCUUCUACAAGGGGAUCCUACCUCCGAUUGUGGCAGAGACACCAAAGAGAGCGGUCAAGUUUUUCACCUUUGAGCAAUACAAGAAGUUGCUGAAUUUGACCCCUUUGUCUCCUGGCGUGGCGCUGUCUGCAGCAGGGCUUGGCGCAGGCUUGACUGAAGCUGUUGUCGUCAAUCCAUUCGAAGUGGUGAAAGUCAGUCUCCAGGCCAACAGAGAUUCCUUCAAAGAGCAACCGUCCUCAUUCUCUCAAGCCAGACGCAUCAUUAAAACGGACGGCUUCGGACUGAAAGGUCUGAAUAAAGGAUUAACAUCAACAUUGGGACGCCAUGGAGUUUUCAACAUGAUCUACUUUGGCUUCUACUUCAAUGUCAAGGAUGCUAUUCCCACCAACCCGGACCCUACCCUCGAGUUCCUGAGGAAGUUUGCUAUUGGUCUGGUGUCUGGGACCAUCUCCUCCUGUGUGAACAUUCCCUUCGACGUAGCCAAGAGCCGCAUCCAAGGCCCCCAGCCAGUGCCAGGAGAAAUCAAGUACCGCACCUGCUUCCAGACCAUGGCCUUGGUGUACCGGGAGGAAGGGUAUCUGGCACUAUACAAGGGGUUGGUGCCCAAGAUAAUGAGGCUUGGACCAGGUGGAGCAGUGAUGCUAUUGGUCUAUGAGUAUGUAUCUGGAUGGCUACAGAAGAACUGGUAAAAAAAAAAAAAAAA